AUGGACCACUUUCCGGAGGCCGCGACGGCGUUUGCGCAUAUCCGGGUACCGUUCGUUAGCGAAAUCGCUUUUGAUGGAGGGGAUUUCGUCUCGUUCCCAAGUCGCGUCGGCUUCAAUCACGAUUUCGCCGCACGGUCAGUUGGCGACAUCGCCUCCUUGGCACAGGGAUGGCUCUAUUUUGGUACCCUCCAAGUCUUUCUAGGUGUUGAUUUCGACCGCAAUGAGUUUCGUGCCAGUCAUCCAGAGGGCGAUCACGUCUCCUCGCGGCCGCUACGACAGCUUCUUACCUCAUGGCUAUUGGCAAAGGUGAUCCCAAUCCUGGGCCCCGAAGUAGUAACCAAGUCUUCCAGUGGCAGCGCGCUAGAGUUAUAUCAAAGCAAGAAAUCGAUGAUGGAAUUCUUGGAGACUGUACUCAAGGAAGCUGAUGCCCUGGAGGUUCAGCCUCAAGCUUCAAGCGAUCCUAUGCCAGCCAUCCUUCUCUCCGUCCGUGUUCUAGUUGCCACUCUCUCAGGUGUUCUGGAGGAGACCAUCAGCCAAAGCAACUUUAGUCUUUUGGAACAUAGUUACAAACCAGGCGCCAUUGAAAAGCUGCGGUUCCUGGGUGGGCCAUCCCAGAUACCAAAGGUAGCCACCACAAAUUUUCUGUCUAAUGAGAUGAUCUCCAAUGGCUGGUGUCCAUUCAUGGCAUGCAAGGUAUUGUCAUCUUACAAUUACGUGGUGGCGUAUUACAUUAGCCGCCUCCGGCCCUAUAAUCCGGCACAUCACGGCCUUUGCUCCGAGAACGGGUGCGUCGCAUACAAUGUCGACAUGUCCCGUUAUCGGUCGAAGCAUGUGUCGCCCGACUGUGACUGUUCUCACGUCGCCCCAGAUGCGGAACAAGUCCGGUCUAUAAUCCGUGAAGGCGGAACACCGAUUGUUUCAAUCACGUUUGAUAAGGAAGAGCCAAAGCUCGACGUGAUCAAAAUGACAAAUAAGACCCCCUACAUAACGUUCUCGCACGUCUGGUCGGAUGGCCUUGGAAAUCCAGCGUCGAACUCUCUACCGCGAUGCCAGAUCACCAAGCUGGCGAAAUAUAUAAAGGAGCUGGAGGCCCCUAAACUCGCCCCCCAGCAAGGAGUUGUUAAUAUGGGAUAUCUGCGGAUGGACUUUCGGAGAAUGACCAGGACGCUGGAAACUUCCCACUUUUGGCUGGACACGCUUUGUAUUCCUGUAGGGGAACAGUAUUUCGACCUGAAGAUGAAGGCUAUCAACCAAAUGGCAGCUAUAUACGCCGGGGCUUCUCAGGUCUUGAUAUUAGACUCGAACAUGGAGCAACUGUCUCUCGAUGGGCCAGGGGUUGAGGCGUGUGAAAUUCUGGCCAGAAUGUGUGUCGCUCCGUGGAUGGGUCGAAGUUGGACAUUCCAAGAAGCCGCCAUCAGCACAAUCCGCCAGGUCAGAUGCUCAGAGAGGGCGUUUAUACCGAAUUCGGUUUCCUUUGGGUACCCUACUUAUUUCACUAAGAUAUUUGACGGGGAUAGUAUUCGUGCAUGGAUAGUUCCAUUCCUCUCGACGAUUUUGGUGGUCCUCCGGAUGUUCCGUGACAAUGACGACGAUCCGGACACGCUGCGGCGUCAAGUAACCACGUUAUCCACCGACAUUCAGAUGCCUCUCGUUGCGCUUAUUUCUCGGCCCUUGAACGACAAAUUAGUUCAGGAGUUUCUCGGUGUCAAAUUGAUCGGUCUAGACUUUGAUGAUAUGAAUGCAUUAGAGUCGCUGUAUCAGCGCUUCGUCACCUGUUGGAACACAUUGUCUUCGAGAGCCACAACGAAGAAAGACGAUCUGCACAUCAUCUUCGCAAAUCUGUUGGAGUUCAAUGCCACGACAAUCAUUAAAUUGGCUACACCUGCGGAGAGAAUGGCGACGCUGCUUCUCAGCCUUCCUCACAUUCCAUUGUCACUCUUCUUUUGCAAUGACGGUAUCUGUGACCGACCAGGAGAAAUUCACUACAACAGAUGGGUCCCUCUGUAUCCCAGCGGGGGCCUUUUGGACUUGGAGCCCAGAGUUAACAUGUCUAAACACGGGCUCUGGCUCUCAUCUGCAACUGAUACUCAAGAAGAGGUUGACGAUGAACCAUCCGAAGACAGUCUAACAACCUUUGCCAAACCGAUCGCCAUACUUCUAGAAUCUCGGUGGUUGGAUGUGGACUGUCGGCAGAUUAUUCCCGAUAAGGCACUUUCAUUGAAAUAUAGCGUCAGGCUUCACCGGCAGGAGGGUGAUAAGCUUAUCACAGAUUUUGAAAAGGACGGUGCCGCGCUUUUGGUUUUCACUGAGGAGUUGAUUCAGCCAGGUCUAAGUGCCGGCAGAAAGCUUUCUCCAAAGCCAAUCCAAGGAGCCCUCUUCCAGAUUCUCAACGUGAUUGAAUCCCCUUCAGGGUCCGAGGCAGAAAAGGGCGAAGUGAAAGAACCAGGUCGGGAAUAUCGCGUGGUGUUUGACUGCCCUGUAUCGGCUUCCUUGGAUACCAGCUACAAUGAGGAUAUCUCCUCUUCUGAUUUGGAGAGGGACUCUAAUUCCAACGCUACCCUCCUUCCGGAGCCAUGGCGGUUGAACAUCUGCCACGAUGCUCCUAAACACGUAACACUACCUCUUCCUCGGAGACCAGUCGUACCCUCAUGGGCAUUCCUCCCCGGUGUGGCCAGCAUCAUGUUAUGGUUCUGCUGGGUGUCUGGACUUAUCAGCAUGCUUAUCCUAAUUGCUAUUUGUGCAAAAUAUUCGAGUACCUUCUCCCCAUUCACCAUCGCGAUGGUUGCCGUCUACUUCUCAGCAGAGGUGGUACCCUGGUUGUUCAUUCAACCACUCUUUCCAAUUAUCGUUCCCUACAUCUCAGACAUUUGCGGCGUAGUCUCGUCGGUGCUCUACGCUGUCUCUAGAAUCGUCAGCAACAACUCACUGAGACCGCUGGAAGCUGCGUUUGUCACAUUGGGUAUAUUAAUUGGGGUUUUGGAGUUGUGUAUCAGGGCUCUAAAUAAGUGGUAUCUGGGACAGAAGCUUUACGAUGCCUGGCUUGAUACAUUUAGCGAGGACUGGUCCCCGGAAAAGGAGACGCGGUGGACGAGAAUCGUACGGGUUGCUGGCGCUGAAAGGGAGGACAACUCUGUUAUGCCCAAGGGAACGGUGAUUAAUUCCUGGGAACGGUGA